AUGAAAUCAUUCACUUUUUUAGCCAAUGCGCUUUCUCUUGCCUGGCUGGUUGACAUCACAACCGCACAAGCCAACCAGAAUGCAUUGCUCCGAGGCCCUGUCUUUCCUGCGCCUUCGCACCCGGACACGUCAAAAGCCGUCCAAGCAGCGCGAAAGGCAUUUCCCAAGGUCCUCGAUGAGGCCCUCAGCACGGGGCUGCUGGACAACUCCACGACAUCAUUCUCUAUCAACGUGUUCUCGACCUCCGAUAACAAGACCUUGCUCUCACAUCACUUCGAAGCACCAGGCCUCAACGGGUCUUUACCUUCAGGGAGCUUGGACGAUGAUACUAUUUACCGUAUCGGCAGUCUCUCCAAGCUCUUCACGGUGUACACACUUCUCGCCAAGAAUGGUUUUGCAGAUUUCCACCAACCUAUUACGAAGUAUAUUCCCGAGCUUGCAGCUGCGGAUACGAAUAGCUCAUUGAACGAUGUACAAUGGAGCGAUAUCACCGUUGAAGCCCUAGCAAGUCAGAUGGCUGGAAUUACGCGAGACUACGGAAUAGAAGACCUCGCCAACCUCCAAACGCUCAAUGCAACUGCUACCGGCCUCCCCACCGAGUCGAAUGCUCCAGUGUGUGGUUUCGGUCCUGGAUUCUUAAAACCUUGUGAUAGAAAAGAAUAUAUUGCCGGCCUCCUCUCCCAAACACCUCUUACUUCAACCUACAAUACGCCAAUCUACUCAAACGCGGGCUUCGUCCUCCUCAGCCUCGUCAUUGAAAGUAUCACUAAUCAGUCCUUCUCUGCCGCCUUCCACACCGCGAUUCUCCAGCCCCUUAACAUGAGCCGCACUUCCGUCAUCGCACCCAACGACACUAACAUAAUCAUCCCUGGCGGCCUGGAACAAAGUGACUUCCUCCCGGACUUGGGUGUCGAAGACCCAGCUGGCUCCUUCUUCUCCACACCCUCCGAUCUUAUAACCCUUGGCCGCUCAAUCCUACAAUCUGCCAUCCUCCCCUCAGCCCUAACCCGCCGCUGGAUACAACCACACGCCACUACCUCACACGCUCUCCACCUCGUGGGCGCCCCCUGGGAAAUCUUCCGCCAAUCUAUUCCCAUCUCCUCUACGACAAACACAACAAGGCUCGUCGACCUCUACACGAAAAGCGGAGACAUACCUAACUACGCCUCCGCCCUCGCCCUCGACACCGACCACAACAUCGGCUUCAGCAUCCUCGCCGCCGGGAGCCAGACCACAAACAACCGUGGCGUGCUCGCCUCGCUCAUUGCCAACACCUGGGUCCCCGCCCUUGAAGCCGCCGCGAGGGAAGAAGCAAACGCGACAUACAUCGGCACCUACACCGAUACGAAGACGAACACAACGCUCGAAAUCACGACCGAUGCCGACCGCCCCGGCCUCAACGUCGCCACCUUCAUCGCGAACGGCGUCAACUUCAAAGACUCGAUCCUCGCGUUCAACGACGUCACGCCUGAGCAGGCUGCGGCUGCGGGCGUGGAGGUCAGUAUCCGGCUCUACCCCUCCGGCUUGUCAGAAGGCGAGCUCGUCGGCUUUCGCGCAGUAGUAGAGAUACUGCCGUAUAGCCCUGCGUCGUUACUAGCGCCGUUUGAUACGUGGGGUGAUGCGUGGCUUACGGUUGAUGGGACGACGUAUGGGGCUGUGGGGAUUGAUGAUUUUGUGUUCAAGCUGGGAGGUGCGGGGAAGACGGGUACGAGGGAGGCCGUGGAGGUGCUGCCGAGGGUGUUGAGGGAAGGGGCGGGAAGGGUGGUUAAGGGUGCGUAGUUUCGAUCCGUGAGAGAGAGCGGUGCUGAUAUGGAUUAGGAAAUACGAGUCGGAUGAUUAAGAAGGGGUUGGAUCGGGGGUAUUAGGAGGCUUGAUCUCUAUUUCGUUCGUUUCUGAGGUGUGGAAACAAGAGUACGGCCCCGGGAGAUGUCUUGGGAUGUUGCAUGGUAUACGAUUGAGGUACAUAAGUCUCAAUCUACAUUAGAUUGGUUGGCACUCCAUUGCGUAUAAUCGGACUAAAUUAUCGCGGAAAGAUCAUAGAUGUCUCUUUAGACAAGUGUACAUUAGUGGUAAAAAACGAAACCUUGGAUCCGGUCUUCGUAGAGCACAUUACGGGUCUAUUUUUGGGUAGUAAAAAGUGACUACAACAGUCUACUUCCUCCCAGUACACAUCACAACUAUCAGAU